AUGGCAGGUGCGAUUAAACUUCUUACCAGAUGCCCCACUUUAAAGUUGGUUAACGCCUCCAAGUUAACUUGUGGAAUACAGACCCAGGGCUUCAGUGGAUUUUCACCUGGGGAUUCCUCCAACUCUGAAAUCCUGCACAAAGAUAUACCAGAGCAUUUUAAUUUUGCAAAGGAUGUGCUGGAUAAAUGGAGCCAAAAGGAAAAGGAUGGAAAGAGACCUUCCAAUCCCGCUCUCUGGUGGGUAGGUGACAAAGGCGAGGAGGUGCAGUGGAGUUUUGAGGAGCUGGGGUUCCUAUCAAGAAAAACUGCCAAUGUGCUGUCUCAAGCUUGUAAUCUACGUAAAGGGGACAGACUUAUUGUGAUACUCCCAAGAAUUCCCGAGUGGUGGCUGAUCAGCGUGGGCUGUAUCAGAGCAGGCAUUGUCUUUAUCCCAGCGACCAUCCUAUUGACUGCUGAAGACAUACUGUACAGGCUCCAAAUCUCUAAGGCCAAAUGCAUCAUUACGAACGAGGACUUAGCUCCAUUUGUAGAUGCUGUUGCAUCAGAUUGCCACUUACUGGAAAGUCGGAUGCUGGUGUCCCAAGGUGGCGGCAGCAGAGAAGGAUGGCUGAACUUCCAUGACUUGUUAGAGGCUGCCGUCGCUGAGCAUCAGGCUGUGAAAACAAAAACCCAAGAUCCCAUGACCAUCUACUUCACCAGCGGGACCACGGGAUAUCCCAAAAUGGUGGAACAUUCCUGCGGCAAUCUGGGAAUUGGAUUGACAGAGGCUGGAAGGCAGUGGAUGAACCUGACUCCUUCGGACAUGAUGUGGGGUCUGUCGGAUACAGGCUGGGUAAAAUUUGCUUUCGGCAGUUUAUACGCCCCGUGGAAUUUAGGAGCCUCCGUCUUUGUGCACGGCAUGCGUCAGUUUGACCCAACAGCUGUUCUCAAUUGUCUUGCCAAAUAUCCAGUGGCAACCUUCUGUGGUACCCCGACUAUCUUCCGCAUGCUCCUGCAGCAUAAUGUUAGCAGAUACAAGUUCAAGAGUCUGACGACCUGUCUGAGUGGUGGGGAACCAACCAACCCUGAUGUUCAAGAGCAGUGGAAAGCACAAACAGGACUGGAUAUCUAUGAAGGCUAUGGGCAGACCGAGACUACCUUGGUAUGUUUCACUUCGAAGAAGAUGAAAUUCAAACCUGGAUUUAUGGGCAAGCCAUCCACAUCCUUUCAAGUCCAGAUAAUAGAUGAAAAUUGCAAUCAGCUCCCUCCUGGAGAAGAAGGAGAUAUUGCUAUUAGAAUCAAACCUAAAAGGCCUUUGGGUCUCUUCUCUGGCUAUGUGGAUGACCCCGAGAAAACGGCCUCAACAGAACGUGGUGAUUUCUACCUUACUGGGGAUAGAGGGUUCAUGGAUAAAGAUGGAUACAUCCAGUUUAUCUCAAGAGCCGAUGAUAUCAUCUUAUCCUCUGGGUAUCGCAUCGGUCCUUUUGAAGUCGAACACGCCUUGGACGGGCACCCGGCAGUAGCAGAAUCAGCGGUUGUCAGCAGCCCAGAUCCCAUCAGAGGAGAGGUCGUGAAAGCUUUCAUCAUCCUCUCUCCUGCCUAUCAGUCCCACGACAAAGAGAAAUUAAUUCGUGAGCUGCAAGAACAUGUCAAAAAAGUGACCGCUCCAUACAAGUACCCCAGAAAGAUUGAGUUUGUUCAACAUCUACCCAAGACGAUUUCUGGGAAAGUCCAAAGAAAGAUGCUGAGAAAGAAGGAGUGGCAGAAGGACUAA